AUGGAGCAGUCCCUGGAGCAGGAUUUAUCCACGCAACUGCAGCAGCUCGAGCGGGAACUGACCCAACUGCACAUGCGCCACGCCCACAACCGCGCAGAGAUUGAAGGAGAGCGCCGUGCUGUUCAAAUUCUCGAGAGAGACUACGCGUCGCUCACCGAGCAGGAGCAGGAGUUGCAGCGCGACUGCGAAGUGUUCGAGCUUCAACUCGACACCCAGCGAGCGCAACUGAAGGAAAUCCGCAGCCAGCAGCUCUACCUGGACUUUGUCUCGAGCGCUCCGCUUAAGCGGCACAUGGAGGAGAAGAAGUGGCAAGAGCAACACGCCGCUGUCGCUCUGCAGGUUCAGAACGCUGAGGCCGAGAACCACGCGCUCGAAGCUGCGAACAGGAAGCUCGAAGAAGAGGCGGCCAAGCUGGAGACGCAGUACGCGCUCGACAUACAGACCAAGCAGCAGUCCGAGACGGCGUUGGCUGAGAUCCGCGCGAACUAUGAACGACUCCAGGACGCCUUUGAGCGAACACGAGUGUGCUACACUCCGAGGCCUGACUGGGACCGCAUCGUGGACGAAACACCCGAGCUGUCCGUGCAGAAGUAUCAGUGGGAAAUGAUCGACACCAACAGCUCUAAAGAUUUAACCGUCUCAACGAAGACACUCGUGAGAGAGAUGCUGCACUGGAUCGAGCGUCUGCAAAAGCACUGCGGGGAAGCGCGUGUGGAGCUCAACAUUCUGCAUCACCAGUUGGAUCGAGCGGUUCGGAAGUCGUCGAUGCUUUCGAUCGCUCUUCCGAACGCGUCGGGUAUCAUUACCAUCGCCGCAGCGACGUCUCCAACGGGGUCUCCACCCAAGAGAAGGCAGGACUAUAUCAUGGCUCUGGGUAUGCACGAAGGCAUCCCGAUGUUCCUACGUCACCGUGGAAAGCUAAAGAGGAGGAUCUUAAAGAAACUGGACGUGGAGAAGGUUGUGCGUAAGGUCUGGGUCGAGAAGCGCAAGCGCGAGCAGCGCAACCCGCUCGGACGGUUCCCUCUUGAGCAAGUUCUGUACGAGAAACUCCACCGCAAGUACGGAUUCCAGCCGUUGAUCGCCGAGUGGGGGUACAACCUGCUAUUGGCGCUGCAAAUGUUCAGCUGGGACUCGGAGAUCGAGAUGUUCCUGCUCUGCCUGACUGGCGCGGUCUCCGACCUCGUGUACGUGGACCAAGAGCAGAUGAUUCAAGGCUGCCAGCACCUACUGCUGCGACUGUGUGAGCUUUACAACGUCGAGAGCUUCGUGACGGAGAAGCGAGUGCUGCUGAAAGACGCGCUGGUAGCGCUGCGGACGUUCUUCCCUCUGAAGACUUCGGGCCAACUGCAGGCGAUAGAGCAGGCGAUCAUCCGAGAUAUGCACAAGAUGAAGCGCGGGGGAAAUGACUCCAUCUUGUACAUUGAAGACAUCCUCCCGCUGGACGUCAAGUAUCCGCUGGGAUUUUUCGUGAAGACAAUUCGGACUCAGCACUUCAAGGAGAUCCAGGAUUACUACGCGCUGCUUUUCAGUGAGCUUGAACAGCGCGACACCGAACAGAGAGGGAUUCUGCCACUUUCUGCCGUGAAAGAUGCGAUUCUGGUCAUUGAUCCUCUGGCCGACCCGACUGCGAAACUAAACUCGACGUGCUUGAUGAAGUUCGCGUUGAACUUUGAUCAGAACGCGGAGGUCAAUUGGCGACGUCGUCCUGGUGCAGGCUACAUUGACUCCGCUACGGAUAGCACGAAGCCGCACAGAAAGGCAUCCCAGUAA